AUGUCCUCAACAGUUCCUUCUUCAGUUGCCUCUGCUGUGGCAUCAGCAGCUAUAGCCUCUGCAUCUGCCACUGGUGGCGGGGAUCAAUCCCUCUACGGAGGUCUAAUUCCCAGCCACUCUGCCAACUUGGCUGGUGUCAUUCUGUUUGCCAUUGUAUGGGCAUACCAUACCAUCACGGGCGUGUACUUCAGACAAUACUGGUUCAGUACCGCCUUCUUCAUAGGCGCCGGUCUUGAAACCGCUGGUUAUAUCGGCCGUUUCUCGUCCUCAACCGAUAUCGACAACGAAAACGACUUCCUCGUCCAGAUCAUCUGUCUGACCCUGGCCCCGGCCUUCUUCAUGGGCGGUGUCUACUACCUUCUCGCCAAACUCGUCACCAUUUACGGCCAACAAUACUCCAUGCUGAAACCCAUGCACUAUUCGCUCGUGUUCAUUCUGUGUGAUCUGUGCUCCAUCGUCAUCCAGGCUGUGGGUAAGUUUUAA